AUGAUUAGACAUGGAAACCUGGUAACAGCAAAUGUUACACAAGUGCUUUGGAAACGACAUUAUUGCGACUAUAAAUCAACGCUCCAGGAAAGAUAUGACUGUUAUAGUCGUUGGAAUCAAUGGGGACGUUGGGUUGUGCUGAGCAAGCUGAAUCCUAGAAGCUGUACAAAUUGGAGCAGAGCUUCUCAAGGUACAAGGCCUAUUAGAUAUACAGGAUGGACUGUACCAGGGUUUGUACAUCAGCAUCCCCCGCCUCCACCUCCACCUCCACAACCGUAUGGAUAUCCUAUGCAGCCAGUAUCAUCAUAUGUGCCGCCAAGGACAACAGAAAAUCACCAUUGGCCACAUGAAGAGCAACCUGUGCCGCCAUACGAGCCUCCUAUGUCAUCUAAUAACUACCAGCCUUCACAUGGACUUAAAGAAAAAUGA